GUUCCUGCGUUUCCGGCAUACUUCACGUUGCGUCAGAUAUAUCAAUAUUAUCGGGAUUUAGUGUGUUAUUUGCAUAUAUUUUAUAAAAUAGAUACAUUGAAGAUAUGCCUAUAAUUGGAGUGAAACGUGAUCUAUUGUUUGAAGCGCUUGGAAAGACGUACACUGAUGAGGAAUUUGAUGAACUAUGCUUCGAGUUUGGCCUAGAGUUAGAUGAAGUGACGACAGAAAAAGCCAUGCUGAGUAAGGAGCAGGGUGCAGAGAAGGCACUGGAAGCUGAUGAUGAAGUCAUCUAUAGGGUCGAGCUACCAGCUAAUAGAUAUGACUUACUGUGUGUUGAGGGUCUGGUCAGGGGACUUCUAGUCUUUAAAGAAAAAAUUGCUGCUCCCAGAUACAAAGUAGUAGUCCCAAAAACAAACAUGCAGAGACUUAUUAUCAAACCAGAGACUGGACAGGUAAGACCCCAUGCAGUGGCAGCUGUUCUGAGAAACAUUACAUUCACCAAGGAGAGAUAUAACAGUUUCAUAGAACUACAAGAUAAACUUCACCAAAACAUAUGCAGAAAGAGGUCACUAGUAGCUAUAGGAACUCAUGAUCUAGAUACCAUACAGGGUCCAUUCACAUUUAACGCACAACCUCCAGCAGAUAUUAAAUUCAAGCCACUCAGCCAAACCAAAGAAUUCACAGCUGUAGAACUGAUGGAGUUAUAUUCUGGCGACAGUCAUCUGCGGCACUAUCUUCCAAUCAUUCGAGACAAGCCAGUAUACCCAGUUAUCUAUGACAGCAAUGGGGUUGUUUUAUCCAUGCCUCCUAUCAUUAAUGGUGAACAUUCCAAGAUCCACACUGGCACAAAGAAUGUGUUCAUAGAGUGUACAGCCACAGAUCUGACCAAAGCCAAGAUUGUUCUGGACCAACUGGUGGCAAUGUUCAGUGAAUAUUGUGCGGAGCCAUUUGUAGUGGAGGCAGUUGAGGUUGUACAGCCUGAUGGUACCAUUGUUAUGUACCCUGAAUUGAACUAUAGAAAAGAAGUCAUCUCCGUAGAUUCAAUCAAUAAAAAGAUAGGAAUAAAUGAGAAUGCCAACCAGAUUGCUAAGCUGUUAACACGUAUGUGCCUCACUGCAGAGGUACAAGAUGAUGGUAGGACUCUCUCUGUAGAGGUGCCACCAACUAGAGCAGAUGUUAUUCACGGCUGUGACAUCAUGGAAGACGUUGCUAUUGCACAUGGCUACAACAACAUCAAUCAAACCAUACCUAAGACUAACACUAUAGGAGAACAGUUUGCUAUCAACAAGCUGACAGACCUUCUCAGACUUGACAUAGCUGCUGCAGGAUUCACAGAGGCCCUUACAUUUGCACUGUGUUCUAAGGAUGAUGUUUCUGACAAGUUGCUUAAGAAAAUAGAAGAUGCCAAAGCUGUUCAUAUUGGCAACCCCAAAACUGCAGAGUUUCAGGUUGCCAGGACAACUUUGCUGCCUGGUAUACUAAAGACAAUAUACUGUAACAAAAAGAUGCCACUACCCAUGAAAUUAUUUGAAAUCUCUGAUGUUAUCAUAACAGAUUCUGAAAAAGAUGUUGGGGCUAGAAAUGUAAGACAUUUCUGUGCAAUAAACUACAAUAAGAGCCCAGGCUUUGAAGUGAUUCAUGGUCUUUUAGACAGAACCAUGCAGUUACUGGAGGUUCCUUAUGAUAAGACUAAUGGUUAUUGCAUGAGGGCAAGCAAUGAUCCCAGUUUCUUCCCUGGCCGUUGUGCUGAAGUGCUGCUCAGAGGGACACCUAUAGGCAAACUUGGUGUACUACAUCCUGAUGUACUAGCAAAGUUUGAACUGAACAAUCCUUGUGCUGUUAUAGAACUCACAAUAGAGCCUUUCUUGUGAGAGGAAUAUAUACUUACACAUAUAAAUGUAUAAUUGUAACUUAUUUGAUAUGUAUGAAAUAUAUGGACAUUAUUUGAAUACACUCCAAUCGUGUAAGAUAUUGGUUGCAUGGACACUGGAUUAAAGAAGAGUAUAUGGAUGUACUCGUACAUUAUACCUUAUGAAAGACAUUUUCUGCAAGUCUAAACAGAGGAAAGGUACUGCAAUAGUGAAAUCUGGAUUGUUUAAAUCAUUGUACCUCAUAUAAGGCCAUUUAAUAAAAUGGAAUUAUUUGCACUUAAAAUUGACCUCAAAGUGUUUUUUGGUCAUUCCUGGUCAUAUUUACAUAACUGAAAUUGUAUUAAUGUACACGUAGUCUCAAAUUGAAAAUAUUGAGUGAAAUAAAGAUCCCUUUUCUCUCUUUUGCCCAAUAGGAUUUUCAGACUUUAAAAGUUGUAAUGAUUGAUGACAUUUAGGUUAUAAUCAUGCAUGGGCUUAGCUUACAAUGAGGCAAAGAAAAUUUACUCCUAGAAUGAAAAUAUGAAAAAGAAUCAGAUGAUGCGUAUUAUGAUUUUCCUUUAUCACUUAAUAUGAAAAUAAACACAGUAAAGUUAAUUAAUGUAUAAUAUGUACUAUUUCAAGAAUAGAAAAAAAUAGACCAACAAUUCGAUUGAAAAAUAUACAUGUAGUGCCAAAGGUUUCAGUGGUGAAACUUGCAAUAGUCACUUAAU